GUUAUGCACGCCAGAUUUGUUACUGCUAUUUUAACUCCUAAUAAUACUAAUCAUCGCCAUUGUCAUGAUAAUAAGAUUAGUGAAAGAAAAGAAAAGAAAGAAAAAGAAAAAGAAAGAACGAACGAAGAAGAACAUUAAUAAAAUAAAAGUAUUUUGAUUUUGAAAGAGAGAGAAGAAACAAGACAGCAAGCAUAGGGAAUCGUGAAGAAUGGCACCUUGUUGGUGGUGGUGUUGUUCUCGUCGUCUGGAUUGGGUUGGGUUGGCUUUAGGGCUUUGAAUGCCAUUUGGGGCUUUGAAUGCCAUUUGGGGUUCCGCUCUCAGGCAAUCGAGCUCCAAAGCUGACCCCUUUCUCUCACUUCUCACUCACACCUUCUUCUUCUCUCUCUCCAGAACUACAAUGGUAGAAGACAUGUGUUUGUUCUACAAGGAAAUUCUCGUUAUGAAGCCUCCAAAGAGAUCACCGAUGUUGUUAAGGGCAGCAGUUGUGAUGUUUUCGAUGGUUUGUGGCGUUUUUAUCUUCUCUGCAUGUUUAAAGCAGAUAAGCACACAAGCUAGGACUACAUUUGUGGAUUUUAAAGUCAUUGACAACCAUUCUCGUGGUAGAUUGAAGCUAAUGAAUACUCCUCACCUACUACAUUAUCCUAAACCUGUAUCCUUUAGCAGGAACGAGUGUGAUCAUAAUCCUGUACUGUUCUUUGCCAUAUUGUCCAAUCAGAGAUCAGGUAGUGGGUGGUUUGAGACCCUUUUAAAUAGCCACAUUAAUGUAAGCUCGAACGGGGAGAUAUUUUCUGUUAGAGAGAGAAGGAAAAAUGUGUCUUCCAUUUUGCAGACUUUAGAUAAAGUUUACAAUUUGGACUGGUUCAAUAGUGCUUCGAAGAACGAGUGCUCUGCUGCAACUGGCUUAAAGUGGAUGCUUAAUCAGGGGUUGAUGGAACACCAUAAGGAAAUAGCGGAGUAUUUCAACCGCAGACGUGUUUCUGUUAUAUUUCUUUUCCGGAGGAACUUGCUACGCAGGAUGGUAUCAAUGCUAGCCAAUUCAUAUGAUCGUUAUGCCAAGCUAUUGAAUGGAACACACAAGGCUCAUGUACACUCUGCAGAAGAGGCGGAUAUUCUUUCAAAGUACAAGCCUAUCAUUAAUUCGACAUCCUUGCUGGAUGACUUGAAGGAUAUGGAGAUGAGAUCUGCUAAAGCUUUAGAAUACUUCAACAGAACUCGGCAAAUGAUUGUGUACUAUGAGGAUCUUAUGAGAAAUCACACUAAACUAAUAGAUGUUCAAGAGUUCUUAGGGUUGCCUCAGAUGGAGUUAACGAGCCGUCAUGUUAAGAUACAUAGAGGACCAUUGUCAGACCACAUUCAGAACUGGGAUGACGUUAACAAAACGCUGAAAGGAACCGUUUACGAGAGUUUUCUUGAAGCUGACUAUUAGUCGUAGUCUCUUCUAUUCUGACUGCUGGAAAAAGGUGUAAAUACCAUACCAACUUCGCUCAUCUUUUGCCCCAGUAAAGCCUCAGGGUUCAAAAAUUUUGCUUUGGCUCUGGAACAUUACCUCAGUGUUCUAUGCCUUUUUUGGUCACCCACCUACUAACACGGUUGAUGAAAUGAAUGGCUUCUUCUUCCUUUCUAGUUUUCUUUUGUUUCUUUCUUCCUCCCCUUUGUUCAGUGAAACAUGUACAUGUCUUUGUCAGCUAAUUGAUUUAAGUAAAGAUCAUUAUUGUUUUGUUCAAAUCUGUGUUCAAUGAUUUGUUUGUUUGGUUUAAUUUUAACUCUGAAAUGGCAAUAUGGCAUCCCAUUAA